AUGCCUACCAAAAGAGAAUACUCUUCCGACUCGGAAGAGAAACCUAAACGCUCAGUAUCGGGUUCAUCCAAGAAAUCUCGAAUAUCUCAGGGUAAAAAGCCAUUCACUUCCGAGGAAGAAACCGCAUUUCUCGAAAUUAUCGAUGAAAUCGUUAAAUCAAAUUUGUGGAAUGCUGCUAAAAAUCGUUUUGAACUUGCGGAUAGGAAACAAGCUAGUAUUCAAGGACAUUGGGAGGCAAUAUUUAAGAAGAUGAAAAAACCUUGA